ACGUUUAAAUACUCACACAUAACCAAAUAAGGGAUUUCCUCAAAAACUGUUACAAAUUUCAUCAAACCGAUAUGUGGUACAUUUAACUCUAAAGUAAACAAAUUAUAGAAAAAAUUAGAUGUUAACAAGUGAAAUAAUCAGAAAUAGCUAGGGCAUAGUGAAACAGUAAAAGAUGUCUUUUCGUGUUGUAAGAAGUUCCAAAUUUCGCCACGUCUAUGGGCAAGCUUUAAAGAGGGAACAAUGUUAUGACAACAUAAGAGUUAGCAAAAGUUCUUGGGAUUCUACGUUUUGUGCUGUGAACCCAAAGUUUCUGGCUAUCAUAGUUGAUAGUGCCGGUGGAGGAGCUUUCAUAGUAUUACCUUUGAACAAAUCCAAAACUUCUCAGGUUGGUAGAAUCGCUGCAGAUCAUCCUCUAGUCGGAGGCCAUAAAGGUCCAGUCCUAGACAUAGCUUGGUGUCCUCACAAUGAUAAUGUAAUAGCAAGCGGCUCUGAAGAUUGCGUUGUGAAAGUUUGGCAUAUACCGGAUCAUGGUCUUGUUAAAACACUGACUGAACCUAUAGUUGAUCUCAUUUACCACCAGCGCAGGGUGGGUUUGGUUUUAUGGCAUCCAACGGCUUUGAACGUACUGUUGACAGCUGGAAGUGACAACCAAGUUGUCAUUUGGAAUGUUGGUACUGGAGAAGCUCUUGUGGAAAUAGAUUGUCAUCCUGAUAUAGUGUACAGUGCGUGCUUCAACUGGGAUGGAUCGAAGCUUCUUACCACUUGCAAAGAUAAGCAGAUUCGAAUCAUCAACCCACGAACUGGUGAGAUAGAAUCUGAGGCAGUAUGUCAUGAAGGUUCCAAAGCAACUAGAGCCAUUUUCCUCAGGCACGGUCUUGUAUUCACUACAGGUUUCUCAAAGAUGUCUGAAAGACAAUACAGUUUACGAACACCAGACUGUCUGGAUAAACCAAUUGUGAUGGUUGAACUUGAUACCUCGAAUGGAGUUAUGUUCCCUCUUUAUGAUCCUGAUACAAAUUUAGUAUACUUGUGUGGCAAAGGCGACUCUGUCAUAAGAUACUUUGAGAUUACUGCGGAACCUCCUUUUGUCCAUUAUAUCAACACUUUCCAAACUCCCGAUCCUCAGAGAGGAAUUGGUAUGAUGCCAAAGAGGGGAUGUGAUGUGACCUCAUGCGAAAUAUCCAGGUUUUACCGUCUCAACAACUCAGGCUUAUGUCAAGCGAUAACAAUGACAGUUCCAAGAAAAUCUGAACUCUUCCAAGAAGAUCUUUACCCAGAUACAAUCGGUGAUACUUCAGCCUUGAGCGCUGAAGAAUGGAUUGAAGGAAAAGAUGAAGAUCCAGUGCUAAUUUCUCUAAAAGAUGGUUAUAAACCACCAGAAUCUAAGGCAUCGAUUUCUGUGUCGAAGAGGUCCAACAUUCUAAAUAAGAUGCCUCCAAAGAGUGGUGGGGGUAAAAGUUCAUCGCAAGCUGAAUCCAUACCUUCUCAAACCCUCCAGGAGUUUGCAGAUGAGAUUCGUAAACUUAAAGCUAUGAUAGUUAAGCAUGAAAACAGAAUUCGAGCCCUAGAAGCUGAAGCGGCUUUGAACAAGGUGACAAAGGAAGAUGAUGAAGGAAGUGGAGGAGAUGGGCUCAACGCUACUCCAGCCCUGGCGUCUGAUGAAGUCUGAUAUGUAGAUUUCUUUCAGGAAAAUCCCAACCUUUCUCAAACAGAAAGAUUCCAUGUUUGAAUAGGACUUGCAGAGAUUAAAUGAAGCAAAUGGAUCAACAAAUAAGGUAAAUUUGAAGGAGUUUAUUUAAAAUUUUGAUUGGAUAACAUUCAUGAUGAUUUUUUUUAUAGAUAUCAGUUUAUAGUUGUUUUAAUUGUCCUUUAUGUGUUGAUCCAAAAAGGUUUCUCUGUUGGUGUUUUUAUCCCUCCCAUUUGUUAUUUAUUCAACAAAAAGUACCUCGUCUUCUAUUUUCUGCAAAAGGAAUCGAGAAAGUCCCUUUUAAGAUGUAUUCUAUAUCGUUUUAUCGCAAUUUUUUUUCUUGCUUUCAUGCUCAAAAAUUAUAUUUUAGCGUCAUUUCUAUUUAUUUAUCCAUAUUAUCAUUUUUUAGAUUACUUUCAAUGGGAAUAUCUAUUUUCAUAGUAUUUUUGUGUGAUUUUGUACUUACCUCAAGUGCUCUUAGAAACUACAUGGUGUCUAAAAAUUUAAGUUUUCAUCUAAUUUCAAGUAUUUAUCAUAUCUUCUUGGCUUUCUUUUGAAAAUAUUCAAUUACUCUAACUGAAAUAUGCUCUAUUUGUGGAUUAGAUCAAUAUUAGAUGCAAUUUUUCAUAUGUAUCAUUUCAAAUUUAAGUGAAAAUCUGUGCUUGAUAUUUCAUUGGCUGACUAGAAAAAUAGAAAUUAAUUUCUGUUGUCUUAUGAAGAUCAAACAUUAGCAUUGCAUUCUUGAAAUUACACAAUAGAGUUGUUAUUGAUUGGAAUGGUAUAUCAUGUUGUUUACUGUUGGUUUGAUAAAUUAACCAACCAAGAAGAAUGAUAAAGGAUAAUCUUUCGAAACAGGUUUCUAAUUUCAUAAUAAUUUCUUAUUUUACUAGUUACAGUAGUUUUCCUUGAUUUCUCCUGUUGAAUAACAACAUAUCAAAUCAGGAAAUUCCUAUAGGUAACUUGAAUUUGAUAACAUUCUACCAAAGAUUUUCUAUUUUUACACCUAAUUAUUAUCAAGACAAUAAUUAAAAGAAAAAACAAACGAAUUUAAGCACCUAAAUUGUUGAAUUUGAAAUAUUUGCAUCAAUUGAUGAAUAGGAAAUUUUUAUACAUCGAAGAAGAGGCCAAAUCAUUUACCCGCAAUAUAAGAAAUAUUUAGCCAAAAUAUAUUUGAUAUUAUUUAAUGAUCGUUAAAAUUGAUAUUCGAAUCGUCAAUACUAAUUGUCAAUUCAUGCACAAACUAUGGUGCCUAAACAAAAUUGAAUUUUUUUUGUAUAAAUAAUACGAAUAAAAUAGAGCUUUGUGUGAUAUAAUAUUGAAAGUAUAUGUUUGGUUAUUUUCUAUAUAUUGUAACAGCUCAAUGUUCAUAAAAAUAGAAUUAUAGUGUUUUAUUAUUUUAUUUUUAAAAUGUUCAUCUAACACUAUUCAAUAGUUUUUUUAUUUUAUACAAAAAUUGUUAAUAAUAUAUCAAGCUUAGCUUAUUAAUUCUCAAAAUGAUUGUAUCAAGUUUUUCUAUUUUAAAUAUAAACUAUUUGUGCAUUGUUAUAGCUGCAUAUUGGUCACAAUAAAUUUUGAUUGUUGAGAAAUUAUGGAAAUAUUUAGGGUAUAUAAUAUAAGCUGUGACAUUUUGUGACUUAUUUUUUCUGCUCAAAAAAUCGAAGUUUUGUGUGCUGGCUUCUAACAAAAAUAAUGUAUAUAAUUGUAUAAAUUGUAGCUUUUUUUUAACUAAUAAAUACUUUUGAAGUUU